GUGACGCGGCGGAAGGGGCGGGGCGCGGCGCCAUGGCGGAGCUGGACUUGCUGGGCUCCAUCCUCAGCGCCAUGGAGCGGCCGCCCGGGCUGGGCGACCAGGAGACGCGGCGCCGCGCGCGAGAACAAGCCGCCCGGCUGAAGAAGCUGCAGGAGCAGGAGAAGCGGCAGAAGGUGGAGUUCAGAAAGAGGAUGGAGAAGGACGUGUCUGAGUUCAUCCAGGACAGCGCGCAGACCAAAAAGAAAUUUCAGCCCAUGAACAAGCUUGAACGCAGCAUCCUGCACGACGUGGUGGAAGUGGCUGGUCUGACGUCCUUCUCCUUUGGUGACGAUGAGGAGAGUCGUUACGUCAUGAUCUUUAAGAAGGAGUUCGCCCCAUCGGACGAGGAGCUGGAGGCCUAUCGCUGCGGGGAGGAGUGGGACCCACAACGGGCUGAGGAGAAACGCCGCCUGAAGGAGCUGGCUCAGAGAGAGGCGGAGCAGGAGGCGCUGAGGGGCCCCGCCGUGGUGAACCCCAACACCGACUACAAGGACAAAUACAGUCACCUCAUCGGCAAGGAGGCCGCCAAGGACGCCGCCCACACCAUGCAGGCCAAUAAGGCCUACGGCUGCGUUCCCGUGGCCAACAAGCGGGACACGCGCUCCAUUGAGGAGGCCAUGAACGAGAUCCGGGCGAAGAAGCGGCUGCGGCAGAGUGAAGACGAGGGGCCUGGCGGGGCCGGGACCUCCUAGUGCUGGGGGGGGGAGCAGAUUGCAGGGACUAACCCCAAACCUGCUGUUGUGUGUGAACCUUGCUUGGGGCGUCCUGACUGGCGGGGGGCGGCCCUGCCCCCCACGUACCCAGAUUACCCCCCCCCCCCAUAUUUACCCGGUAGCCUAGGAGUGAUUUUAGGUUUUCAAUUGGGGGCGGGGACAUAUUUGAAGUGAUUUGUUUGGAAUUGUUUUUUCUCUCUAGUUUGGGGGGGGAUGUGAGUGUGAGCGAGGGGAGGGGAGGGGAGCCCCCAGCAGGGGCGGGGGGAGGGAGGUGGGGAAUAGAGAUCUGGGCGCAGUGUCGCCUUCCCCCACCAGAGGGCCCCUGGGGCCACCCAACAGGCUGCAGCAUCCCACUGCUACCACCAGAGGGCACUUGUCAGAUUGGGGGGUUCGUCGUCCCCCCGCGUCUCACCUCCCUCCCCCGUCCUUGGGGAAAUUACACCCCCCUCCCUUUUCAAAGGGUUAUGGGGAAAGGUCCUAGCUCCCCCCACAAGGGGGGUGAUGGGGCCCCAUAGGGAAUCCGGGGGAGGGCACCCUGGUGUCUCUGGGGUGGGGGGAGCAAUGGGACUAGGAUCCCUGUGUGGGGGGAUCCCUGCCUGGGGGGGUGGGGCUGGCAUAGGGGAUUUUAACCUGUUCUUGUUGCUGGGAGCUCCAGGCCCCGCAGUUAAUUUCGGGGGGAGGGGGCGUAUUUGCUUGUUAUUUAAGUGUAAAUAGAAUCAAUCCCCAGAGCUGCGGGGAGGGGGGGUGGCCAGAUCCCUAGGGAUCCCCCCCAGCAAUGUGUUGUGGGGUAUGUGCCCCCCCAGUGGGUGGUCAGGAGGGGGGGCGUAGGAGCAGCUGUAUCGCCCUCAAUAAACCCGUCUGUUUAAUCAUGA